AUGUCUUCUCAGAUUGCAUCCGUUCAUACACCGUCAAUAGCGUUAAGCAAGUAUCGAGAUCAACAUUUUAAGGGCUCACGUCACGAGCAAGAAAAACUUCUACGUCUCUCCAGCACACUGUACAUCGGCAACCUAUCGUUUUACACCACUGAGGAACAGAUUCAUGAGCUUUUCUCGCGCUGCGGCGAUGUACGACGCAUCAUAAUGGGAUUGGAUAAAUUUAAGAAAACCCCGUGCGGCUUUUGUUUUGUGGAAUACUAUGCUCGAUUAGAUGCCGAAUGUGCGAUGCGAUAUAUCAACGGAACGCGGUUGGAUGAUCGCAUCGUGCGUGUAGAUUGGGACGCCGGAUUUAUUGAGGGGCGACAAUACGGUCGUGGUAAAACCGGUGGCCAGGUGCGAGACGAGUAUCGGCAAGAUCACGAUUUGGGCCGAGGCGGUUAUGGCAAAAUGGUACAAAUGGGACAACUAGGCGCCCCGUCCAUGCGAGAAUAGACUUU